AUGGCGUCCUCCUCCUCCUCCACGCCUCUACUCUAUGCAUGCAUAGCCCACAACACAACCGUCCUCUCCGAACACACCGCCUCCGCGUCCUCGAACGCCAGCUCCCUCGUCUCCCUCGUCCUCCCGCGCCUCACCCACACCACCAGCGCGCACAAGACAAUCGACCAAUCCAAGUUCUUUAUCCACGUCGUCACCAAAUCCCCCAGCGACUUUCCCAGCACCGCGCGCAGCGCCGGCGGGUUGACAUUCCUCGUAAUCGCGGAGCGCGAUCUCGGACAGCGGAUCCCCUUCGGUUUCCUGACGAACCUCGAGAAGAAAUUCUUCGAUCAAUUCGAUGCGGGGGAGACGAACUUUGCCGACCUCCCCCCGUACGGGUGCGCGAGUUUCAACGUGACGCUGAAGAAGUUGAUGGUGGAGCAAGGAGCUACACAGGCGGGGCAGGCUGAUGCGCUGAGGACUGCGCAGCGGGAGAUUGAGGGAGUAAGGGAAAUUAUGACGGAGAACAUUGAGCGCGUGCUUGAGCGGGGAGAGCACAUGUCGGUUCUGGUGGAUAAGACGGGGCGGUUGGGGGAUAAUGCGCGGGAUUUCAGGGUUAGGAGCCGGACGUUGAAGAGGAGGAUGUGGUGGAAGAAUGUCAAGUUGAUGGUGUUGUUGUGCUUGGUUGUGGUAUUUUUGAUCUACCUGUUUGUUGGGUUUGGAUGUGGUUUGCCUGCUUGGGGAAGGUGUUUGCGCCAUUGA